AUGGCCUCGGCCAGCCAAGUGCGGGUGGCUCUCGGGAGCGGCUGCGCCAUCACCUUCAUGGCCACUCAGCUCUUGGCAUCGCCUCCGAAGCCCAAGCCGUGCCCCUCGGAGAAGGCUCGAAAAGAGACCUUUGACCAAUUGGCGAAGAAAUGGGACGUUCUGGUCCGAUCUGAUGAAUUUCUGGCUGGCAUUGGUAAACUGCGCAGGCGGUUGAUACAAAAAGCCACCGGUGAAGUGCUGGAAGUGGCUGUGGGUAGCGGCCGGAACUUCUCGUACUACAACGGUGGCAAAGUGACUGCAAUCACUGCGGUGGAUUUCAGUCGAGCCAUGUUGGAGGUGGCGGACGAGAAACGCAAGGAGAUUGAGCCUAUCCCUUUGCGCUUGAAGUUGGCGAGUACGCAUCGCCUGGAUUUCGAGGACGGAUCCUUCGACACCGUCGUGGACACCUUCGGGAUAUGCUCCUUCGAGCAGCCGGUACAGGCCUUACAGGAGAUGCGGAGAGUGAUGAAGGAGGAUGGUCAGGCAGAUCCCGCGAAGGGCUGGUGCUGUUUGCCUCAGUCUCGCCAACCAUCAGCUCCCUUACCUCCUGAUGCACCACUACAAGUCAUUCAGGAGACCUUGUUCAACCAGGGCACGCGUGCAGCGACCUUUCUCUGUCGCGACAGAUUAGAUGUGGGCUGUAUGUCACCUGAUACGUCCCAGUUUUCCAUCCUCGAUACCGUUCCUCCGGACUUGAAGAGGGAGGUGCUGCAACUGGCAUCCAUGGAGCCCAAUGCUGUCCGAGCGAUGGGUGCUAUGGUUGGCAUGGCAGUGGCAGAUUCUGUGGGCGCCUUCCUAGAGUUUUUGCCUGUGGGGAAGAAGGGUUCACGCUUCAACCCGCAAACGCUCAAGGUGGAAGGCAGCUUCAACAAGUUCAAGUUGAAGCCUGGGCAGUGGACAGAUGACACCUCCAUGGCACUGUGCUUGGCAGAUUCCUUGCUGGUCUGCGAAGGCUACGAUGGUGCCGAUAUUCGUGUCCGCUUCUGGAAUUGGUGGCAUCGAGGGUACAACAACGCCUUUCGUCGGGACAAGGGACGCCAUGCCUCCGUUGGACUGGGAGGCAACGUGGCCCAAUCUCUGAAGGACGUGCAGAACAACAGCCCUUCGCCACGCUUUGAAUCCACCAGCCAGGACGCGGGGAAUGGUUCCUUGAUGCGUCUUGCUCCUGUGCCCAUCUUCUUUUCCUCCACCUGUGAAAAGGCUGCGGCUCUGAGUGAGGAAUCCUCGCGCACGACGCAUCCUGGGAAAGUGGCCGCCGCUGCCUGUCACUUUCUGGGGUUCUUUCUGUCCAAAGCCAUUUCUCGAGGUGCUGAUCCAAGCGAAAGCGCUGCCCAGUUCUUGAGCAAAGUGGUGGAGGACUACUUAACUUGGCCCUGGAGUUCGGCCAUAAAUCGGAAGCUUGCCCGAGUGCUUCGAUCUGAGCCUUCCACGGACGGCAGGGAACAAUGUUGGAACUGGCGGGAUCCCAAGGGUCCCUUUUUGGAAGAGACCUUGGACGCUCGCGGCUCCAGCUACAAUGGCUACCCUGUCAGGGCCCAGGGGAACAAUGGAAAAUGA